CCAGUAGAAAGUGAAUUAGCUAGGUUUAUUCCAGAAAUAGACAAAUUAUCUAAUUUCCUGAUUACUCAUCCAAAGCCGAUAGUUUUAGCAUAUACAAAACCCAUAUCUGAUUGGACAAUUCUAAUUUCUAAGAUACAAGUUUCUACAAGUAAUAGUAUAAUCGAAGACACAGUAAUGGAGGACAUCAUAUAUUUCAAUGGUGGAAACAAUCAUCAAGAUAUUGAGGAAAAUGGAGUCAGAAGUUACGAACAAAAUAAAUUUAUUUAUCAAAAAUCUGCUAAAAUAGAAGCAAUGAUUAGAACCUCUGAAAGUACUGUAAAUACAAUGAUUGAUAAUAAAGAACAACCAA